GGGCGCCAGUGCCUGUAGUGCCCGUCCUGAUGUAACCACAUUACGGGCUAUUGCCACAUACCAUGCUCGCUAGGGGGCAGAUGGAGAACUACUAUAUAACCCCAAUCAGCUCACUAGAUGCAAGUGGCACCUUUUCGCAGACAUCUACAGAACGUUUGUCUGCUGCACUAGCGUUCGGUUGAGCAAAAUGAAGAACGCAAUUAGCAUGAGCCUUUUGGCUUCCGGCGGUCUCGCUGCCGUCUCUAAACCUUUAAACAUCCCAACUCCUUCGAUCGCGCUGUCUGGCGCCAAUUUGACCACCAAGUGGAUCGACAACACUGACCUCCACCAAGUUCUUGAGCUCUGGGUUAAAAACACCGAUUCCAAGAACUUCCUUACUGCUUCACACCAGUUCUCCGUCGGCGUUGAAUGCGACUCCCUCAUCACUACCGAACCGGGUGAGGUCAUUCGUCUUGCCCCUGGCCAGCACAUUAAAGUCCAGAUUGGCGUUAAGAACAAGGACGGCGUUGCGCCAGGCUCAACUUGUAAGAGCAAGGUCGUUGCACACUAUGGAAACGGUGAUAAUGCAAAGACUGCUACUGGUGAUGUUAGCGGUAGCUGUGGUAUUCCCGACUAUCUCCCCACCACACCGAGCUUAGGCACCCACGUUACAUCUGACUGGUUCGACAAUCUCAAGUACGGCAUCUUCAUUCAUUGGGGUAUUUACUCAGUGCCUGGUUGGGGCAAUAUCGGAGAUAAGGAAAACUAUGCCGAAUGGUACUGGAUGUGGAUGCAGAACAAGCAGGACAAAACCCAAACCUACCAAUACCAUCUUAACAACUACGGAACCAAUUUCAACUAUGACCAGUUUAUUGCCAACUUUACUGGAAAGGGCUUCGAUGCAAAGUCCUGGGUUGAUCUCUUUGCCGACGCUGGAGCCCAAUACUUUGUCCCGACUACUAAACAUCACGAGGGCUGGGCUCUGUUCAACACCUCCACCUCUGUCAGCCGUCGAUCCGUUGUCCAGUACGGCCCCAAGCGCGACUUUUUGAAGGAGCUGUUUGAUGCCUCGAAGAAGUACCAACCUCACCUUCGCAGAGGCACAUACUUUAGUCUUCCCGAAUUCUUCAACGCCAACUUCGCUAAGCUCCCUGGCGCUUACUUUAAAAAUGGUGCGCCAAAGAACCCCUACACUGGAAAGCAGAUCGAAUACACUGGCGACUUGAACCAUUCCGACUUCAUCCGCGACCUACAAGCUCCUCAAAUGAGAGAGCUUGCCUACAACUAUGAGACGGAGAUGAUGUGGUGUGACAUUGGUGGCCCCAACAACUCUUCCUAUGUCCUUUCCGAAUGGAUCAACUGGGCCAAGGCACGCGGCCGACAGGUCGUUUUCAACUCGCGCUGCGGCGAGGGCACACAGCUUCCCGGCGACUUCAAAACUCCCGAAUACGCCCCCAACCCGGAUGCGCCACUUGAGAAGAAGUGGGAGUCCAGCCGUGGCAUGGAUCCUCAUUCUUACGGAUACAACAGUGCAACCCCAGAUGCUGCGUACCUUACUGGAGAAGGCAUUGUUACCACGCUUGUGGACAUUGUUGCCAACAAUGGAAACUUCUUGCUCGAUAUUGGCCCCCGCGGAGACGGCUCGAUUCCCGAAAUCAUGCAGAAGAACCUGCGUGAUGCCGGUCAAUGGAUCAACGAUCGCCCCGAGAGUAUCUUUAACACGACAUACUGGACCGCCACGGCUGGAAAGGGCAAGUUCCGCUACACCACCAACCAAGCAGCAUUCUUCAUCCACUACAUUGGUGCUCCCUCCAAAGAGCUUGCGAUCACCGAUCCCAUUCCAUACCUGCCAGGCGAUAAGAUUACAGCUCUCGGAGGUAGCCAGGAUGGUGUUGAGGUUCCCGCGUCGUGGACCUCAAUUGGUACGCUGAAGCUGCAUCUUGAUGACAAGAUGAUUGCGGGUGAUAAGUACGUCUGGACAUUCAAAAUUGAAUACGGAAACCAGUAAGGGAAAAAGGAUUAUCGUCAUCUCUCUUUAUUAUGAGGACAUUACGGAUUAUGUUUUGUUAAGCUUUGAAGAUGUGAAACGGGAGGCGCCAGUGGUGCAGCCACGCAGCCACCUGGCAAAAUGUCACAGUUGGCGCAGCUGGUACAGCUGGCUCCGCUGGCUCCGCCCCUUCGAGUAUGUGUACGUAAAUACCGAGGUACAUAAUAUGAAAUUGAGUCAAAUACUAUGAGCAACUAUGAGCAACUGGAAAUUAAUACGCGAAAUUUAAAAUCAAAGAAGAAAAAUGGCGAGAGACCCGAGCGUCACCAACACUUGCGGCGG